CACUAAAUGGAAAGUAUUAUUACGUUUUGAACAUGACAGCAGUGAAUAACUGUGUUAAGAAAAUAUUUUAAAUUUUCAGAGUAUGCAAUUCACAGCCAUAUCUGUACAUAUCUGCCUUAUCGGACUUUUCAUAAAAACUAUUAGAAUACACACAGCAGAUUGCAUCAGCGUCGAAGAUAAAAAGACAAAAGACCCAAAAGAACCCAUGCGCAAUAACUUUGUGAAACCCAACGUAAUCUUGACGUCGCAUGAUUCCUUUGAUCUUAAUAUUGAUAGUCGUUACCUCUUUAGACCAGGAUUUGCGGAGGCGCCAUUUUCUACAGUCGGAGAACCUUGGCCUUUACCGAAGUACUACAAAACCGAAAAAGAAAUACUUCUACAGUUGAAAUCGACAUUUCACUUCAAUAUAUUGAACAAAAACCAAUGUGAUAUUUUAACAGAAGCUGUCAAUCGAUAUAAAAAUAUUAUAGAAAAUCAUAUCACUGAGGAACAUUAUAAUUUUCCAUUCAAUUUUAACGAGCAGACGUUUAGAGAUAAUCAGAAAGAAAUGGAAAAGAAAUACUCAACCGUCACAACAAUGUCUGAUCUGGAUAUAUUUGUGACAAAUACUCGCUGUGGAUAUCCGCAUUUAAACAUGAACGAAUCGUAUCAACUCGAACUCCGUCCAAAUAUUGCCAAGCUUACUGCUGAAGAAGUUUGGGGCGCUCUGCGUGGUCUCGAGACAUUCAGUCAGCUGUUGUUUAGGAAACAAGACACCAAUGACGUGUAUACUAAAAUGACAGAGAUCAAAGACGGACCUCGGUUUCCACAUAGAGGUAUAAUGCUCGACACUGCAAGACAUUUUAUCUACAAAAACACCAUCAAAGAUGUUUUGGAUGGCAUGGCAUAUAACAAACUUAACGUUCUACACUGGCAUAUAGUCGACGACAACUCAUUUCCUUACCAGAGUGAAGUAUUUCCGAAACUCAGUGAAAAGGCUGCCUUUCAUCCAAGCCUUGUCUAUUCACUGAAAGAUAUCAAAGAAAUCGUGGAAUACGCAAGAUACAGGGGUAUCAGAGUUAUACCUGAAUUUGAUACACCAGGACAUUCGUUUUCAUGGUUUGGGUACCCAGAUAUAGUAAGCACGUGCUAUCAAGGGAUGGACUUUGUCGGACCGCUAGGACCAAUAAACCCAGCGCAGAAUGAAACUUACACAUUCAUGGCGAAAUUAUUCAGUGAGAUAUACAGUGUUUUCCCUGAUACAUUUGUGCAUCUUGGCGGAGACGAGCUCGUAAGCACGUGCUGGGCGACAAAUCCUCAAAUUACAUCAUAUUUACAGACGAACGGUGGGAUCCCUGCCGCUGAGGCCAGGUCUAAUCCUUCCAGAUACAUCAGUAAAGUCGUAGGGUACUAUUUCAAUAGAUUAAUUCAAAGUCUUCAAGCAACAGCAAGGGAAAAGAAGGAAAAUAAAGCAUUCAUUAUGUGGAACGAUGUUCUCAAAAACACCGACGACAUACCUCCUAACUCGAUAAUACAAAUAUGGAUAGGAAAAAGAGAGACAGUCAAGUUAGUGAAUGAACGUGGUUAUCGUGCAAUAUAUUCCUCGUGUUGGUAUCUAGACAAGUACAAGGCAAAAUCUAGUUGGUUUGACUUCUACACUUGUGAACCCUCCCCUUACGAAUCAGAAGAUGAAGAGAAUGGCAAAUUACUUGGAGGGGAGGCUUGUAUGUGGACAGAAUAUGUCACGACCGACUCAUUGAUGACUUUUAUGUGGCCACGUGCAUCUUUGCCCGCUGAGCGUUUAUGGAGUCCCAAAAAGACCACUGACAUUACCAGUGCUCAGAGACGCCUACAAGAACAAAGAUGCCGCAUGGUUUAUCGCGGACUCGCCACUGGGCAUAUAUCUGGUCCCGACUAUUGUCUGCGGCCUAAAAACAGUCUUCUGGGCAGAAGUAGUGACUCAUCACACGAAGAGGAAGUCUACUUUGUUAGGUCAAAGAGAAUGGACGAACCUGUUGGAAGAAAAAAUACAUUAUUUAUACAUUUAUCUAAUUAUAGUGAUUUGUGUGCGGUUUCUGUGAUUAUGUGCUUGGUUGGCAUGUAUCUAUUGACAAAAGUUCCCAACGUGAGGAGAGAUAUUUCCAGAAUCAGAACUUUUAUGCCUACAUGGCAAUAGUGCCAAAUAAGGAAAAGGACUAUUGAGAACAGAAAAGAACGGUACAAAUGAUCUGAUUACAGCUUCACCGCUUACUUUUUUUAUUUAUUCACAGAUGUUCGACGUUUCUGUUAUAAAGAUAUUUUUAGGAUACAGGGUGCAUUUCAAGGCAUACGUAUGCUUUUGACCAUACAGGCUAAGCUUGGAAACCAAAGUCGCAUUUAUAUUGGUCUACAUCCAGCGUUCAAGCGCAGGCGCCAGUAUGCGCGUGAUUCAUUUUCUUUGAGUGGGGAGUAUAUUGUUAGCUCUUUCUUACAAUCUGGAGAUAUCUGGGGUGGAGCUCAACAUAUCAGCCUUUGAUCUAUGAAAUAGUUUGUGUUCGCUGAAAAAAACAACAACACAAAUUCCAUUGGGGUCCAUAACGGAACACGGGUAAUGAAGAGUUUUCGAACCUUGUCGAAUCGCUUUACAGCGACCCUCUGAACAACACUUCCCUCCUUGCAACAACACUUGCUACUGACUCCAAAAUAUGCUUAUUGUUCUUUAUUUUACCUCUCUACAACAACUCCCUCCAAACAACAAAUAAAUUUUCUGUCUGCCAAAGUGUGUUGUUCUAGAGUCGGAGCACUGUAUUAUGGCCCUUUUUGUUGUCAACAUAUGUCUUAGGUGCCAGAUGUUUCUGUCAUUGAGAGCUGCUAACUUAGUCAUUUCAGUCAUAUUCCUAUAAUAAAUUCAGCGGACGGAUAAAAUGGCUAACUGACUGUAACGUUCUUUAACGUGACAGGUGCGGAACUAUUUUAGGGAAAAGAGACCACGCCAUCGGGGAGCCAUGUUUUUCAUGAAGCAGUAUUUGAAUAAUCCUGAUGUAGUGUCACCUAAGGACUUUUUAAAACCAUUUUAACAGUUUCUAACAAAAAUAUUUAGUAUCUACCAUAUACAUGCAAGGGAAAUGACCACAUCCCCUGGUGACCAUGUUUAUUGACGAAUCAUUAAUUUAAGAAUCUUGGUAGAGGGUCACCCAGGAAACAUUUCUAUGAAUAUUUUUCGAAAUCGGAUAAAACAUUUGGGAGGAGAUGUCGUUUGAAUAGUUUUCUAUUUUUAACAGGUGGUCAUGUUUCGUGGGUAAAGAGUGUGUGGACAUUUAUUCACAAGUAGUAUCUUAAAAAAAAAGAUAGUCGGCGCUUUUAGAUCAUUCUAUUAAGCACGAAGGUGUGUGUAUACUUCCAUGAUAGAAAAUAAAAAAACAUAUUGAGAAAACAUCGUUAUUUGCAGGAAUAUGAGAGAUACGUUCAUCUAAUGAACACGUUCUCAAAACUCAGUGUGUAUCACCCCCUCAUUCUUCUUCCUGAGGUCAAACUAUUCAACCAAAUAAGCGAUAUUAAAAUUGCAUAUUUGACACUGUCAUGUAAUAUCCAAUCAUGUGUAUUUUUUAAUUUGGCACUGCAGACAAAUUCAAAGUAAAUCGUUUUCAAUCGCAGAAUUAUAUUUCAUUAUGUAAUAAACUUUACUUUCAACAAUAUAUUUAUAAUUAUUAUUUUAUCUCAUUUCAUUAUGUCUCCCCCAGGAGACAUAUUGUUUUUGCCCUGUCCGUCCGUCCGUCCGUCCGUCCGUCCGUCCGUACGUCACACUUCAUUUCUGAGCAAUAACUGGAGAACUAUUUGACCUAGAACCUUCAAACUUUAUAGGGUUGUAGGGCUGCUGGAGUAGACGACCCCUAUUGUUUUUGGGGUCACUCUGUCAAAGGUCAAGGUCACAGGGGCCUGAACAUUGAAAACCAUUUCCGAUCAAUAACUAGAGAACCACUUGACCCAGAAUGUUGAAACUUCAUAGGAUGA